AUGAGUCCACCAAUCAAGCGGCCGUCUAGCGAAAUGGCAGUCGAGGGCAGUCAAGGUGACGACGUAUCUAAACGAGUAGAACCCGCGGCCUAUAAAGGUCAUUUAUGGAACGUAAGGCAGACAAACAUUUCUUAUGUUAGUCUGCCUCCAAAAAAAAGACUUAAGUUUUUGACACAACCGUCUGCGUCCAGACACUGGACAGAGAAAAAGUUAAGGUUUCCGAAGGCAGUAGGAAGCUUUGAUUAUGAUCUCACAGACGACGAGAAUGAACCUCUACCUGACCCUGUGGAUCCACAACCCAGCGAGAGUGUAGACGAGAAUGAACCUCCAGUUGACCCUGUGGAUCCACAGUCGAGCGAGAGUGUCAGCGAUAAGGAAAACAUCGAAUUAUCCGACACCACAGAAUCUGAGUCGGAAGAUGAGGAUCUCGAACAGGAAAUGGCAAGAAGAAAGACUAAACCUGAUAUGAUGGCGAUCGGUGAUGGUCACGUGUACGUGCCGAAGUGCGUCUUCAAAUGCGUCGACUGGACCUCACACACUAUUGCUACGAGAAAGUUGUUGUUGGCAGUUUUCCCGCGAAGAACGUUGGGAACUAGUUCGCUGACAGGCAAGCGUUCCCCGGCUUUCCCUCACCUGGCGCCGAAGAAAAAAUUGCCCGCCAAGAUGGUCUCCGAUAUCAUACAGACCGUGGCGGAGCGAUGUCGUGUAUCGACAGGCCUAGUGCGCACCGCCAUCACAAGCAAGUGCGCAGACGAAGGGAAAUUGCUAAGAGAGAGCCGGAGAAACUAAUUUUCCGACUUCUAAG